AUGACCGACGUUCCUGUCUCCUUCCUCCUCAACUGGCACGCGACGUCGUACCAUGCCCCGAUCUUCCUCGCCCAAGCCAAGGGCUACUUCAAGGACGAGGGCGUCUCGGUUGCCAUCCUCGAGCCCAACGAUCCCUCGGACUGUGCGGGACUUGUCGGUCGCGGCACCAUCGACAUGGGCGUUAAAGCUAUGGUCCAUACCAUCGCCGCCAAAGCUAACGGUCACGGAGUGACUUCCGUCGGCUGCAUCCUCGACGAGCCUUUCACCGGUCUUCUCUACCUCGAGGGCGGCGUUGACGGCAAGGGCAACGGGAUCACCAACGACUUCCGCUCACUCAAGGGCAAGCGCAUCGGCUACGUCGGCCACUUCGGCGCCGUCCAGGUUCGCGAGCUCGCCGAGAAGUACGGCAUGGACCCCGAGAAAGACUUCGAGCUCAUCCGCGUCGGAAUGGACGUCGUCGGUGCCAUCAUCGACGGCCGCAUCGACGCCGGCGUCGGCAUUGGCGCCGUCAACGGCGUCGAGCUCGAGGCCUGGUGCACGGCCAACGGUCGCCCCGAGUCCGACGUCAAGCUCAUCCGCAUCGACGAGCUCGCCGAGCUGGGCUGUUGCUGCUUCUGCUCAAUCUUGGUUCUUGCCAACGACGAGUUCCGCGCAAAGAACCCGGAGAAGGUCGCCGCUGUCAUGCGCGCCAUCAAGCGCGGCGCCGUCGACAUCUUUGCCAACCCGAAGCAAGCCUGGCUCGAGGUCUGCAAGUUCAAGAAGACGUUCCGCGCCGAGCUCUUCGGCAAAAUCUACGAGCGCUGCUUCCCCUUCAUGUCGCGCGACCUUCGUAACGUCAAGCGCGACUGGGUCAAGGUCUCGGCGUACUGCCACCGCAUCGGCGUUUGCGACGCCAACUUCACGCCGAACUACACCAACGAGUUCAUCCAGUGGGAGCAGCUUCCCGAGCCCGCCGACCCGGCUGCCAACCAGGUCUUGAUGGCGAAGAAGCAGGACGAGGUCCGCGUCAAGGGCGGUGUCCUCACUGCCGCUCAGCCGGUCGCCGUCGCAGCCUAG